UUCUCCCGCGGCAUCCCCGAGCUCCGAUCGGGGGAGCGAUUUGUCCUUUCAGGUUAGAUCCAAGAUGCUGACGCUUCGAUCUGAGCUUCCAUCCCAAGCGCCCAUGGAUCUUGGCCAGUCUCCACACCGGCCGGAUCUCUCAUAGAUCGCUUCGACGAGCACGAUGGGUCACGGCGUCCAUUUUCACCGGUGUCAGCCUCUUUUCGUCUCGGGAGAUUGAAAGGUCUGGAACUACAAGGGUGCUGCUGGGGAUUAUACCAGUUCCAUCAGGGUGCUAGAGACGAUCAAACCAUCAGGACUUGGAACUGGAGGUCCCUGCAUCGCUGCAUCAGAAGACUGGUCGUUUGUGAGAUAUCAGCUCUCUGACGGUCUCUCCAGCCGAGGCUCACACCGAUCUUUGAUGCGGUCAUCAAGUAUGGGACAUGACAAGGGUGUAAACUGGGCUGCUUUCCAUCCAAGCUUGCCACUCGUUGUCUCUGGCGCUGACGAUCGACAAGUUCAGCUGUGGACUGACAGUUGCUGUCCCAGACCAGGCGGAGAGUCGAAGUGGAACAGGUCGAGGGGGGUCAAAGGGCCGGAGCCGGAGCCGAGGAAGGCGAAGAGGAGGGAGGCUGGGAGCUGGAAGACCUGGAACUUCGCUGGUGUAACUCCAGGGGCUCUGGUCACUCAACUCUGGACGCAAAGCUCCUCCUUGGCUGCCGAUCACGUCACCGCUGGAGCCUUCGACAGUGCAAUGCGCCUCCUCACUCCGCAACUCGGGAUCAAAAACUUCGCGCCGCUGCAACCGGCGUUUUGCGACCUCCACCGCGCGAGCCAGAGCUCGCUCGGGGCCUUCACUGGAGGCUGACCUCCAAACGUCGAAGGCAAAUUCACUGAAGUCUUCCUCGCCAUCCUCCACACCGUCCUGGUGAUCAUCGUGGACAGCUGCAAAGAGGUGGACGACCUGAUCGGCAAGAGCAAGGAGUACGUCCUGGCGCUCAAGAUGGAGCUCAAGUGCAAGGAUCUCAGAGACGAGCCUGUCCGCCAGGCCGAGCUCGCGGCUUACUUCACGCACUGCGAUAUCCAGCCUUCACAUGGCUUAUGUCGGCCACGUAUCGGUGCAGGAAUUUCGCCACGGCAGCGCAGCUCACGAGGAUCCAAACCAGACCAGCAUCGCCUUGGCUGCAGCUUCUCUAGGAACCCACUGUGUGGGGUGACAUUUACGGCAAUCUACGCGGGCAGCAGGUUGGUGUCGUGCCCCUACUGUGCUGCUCGGUUCGUGCCCGAGGUGACGGGCAGGAUUUGCAGUGUUCGCGACUUGGCGGGAUACUUGGCUUGUGUUUAAAGAAGAGUGAGAAACAUAAUUGUUAGUAUAAGAUUUAAAUGAUUCAUUUUAAGUGAAAAGAGAAAACAAUAAUAUAUUUAA